CAGAGACUCCUUUCCUCUCUUCUCCCACCCUCUUUCCUCCAUCAAAUUGGGCAGACUCACUCACUCACUCACUUACCCCUUACAUUCGUUAUUCCUCAAUAAACACUUCCAUCUCUUCAUCUCAAAGCACGAUGCAUCCCUCAACUCUCCUCCUUCUCAUCCUCACUUCCGCCCUCCCGACUUCGGUCCUUGCAACUCCAAACCCAAUCCCAUGGCUGUGGCCCAGCAAAGGCUGCGACGAUAACUCUGGCUGGCGAGUCCGACGAUGGGACAAAACGACAUGCACGCCUACUUACACCGUGCCAGUGGAGACCACAAAGCCUUGCACCACCACAACCCCUCAACCAAUUCAAAAAACAACAACACCAUGUGACACGACCAGUAUCACCGUGAUUCCGCCUCAAACGGAAACUACGAGUGUGGUCGUCACGAGCACGGCGCCAUGUGAGAAGUGCUCUGAGACCAAGACACAAACAACAGUGCCAGUCCAGACAACAAUUCCAGUGCAGACAUCGAUCUCGGUGGUGACAUCGGUACCAGCGAAGAGCACUACACUUCUCACCAGCACGGCGCCAUUUCCUAUUACGAGCGAGAGUGCGACUAAGACGACGAAGACCUCAGCAGUGGGCACUACUAGCACGAUUGCAAGUACAAGUUCCGCUGUCUUUACUGGCGCUGCUGUGGAUGUCAAAGGAGGACCAUUUGGAGUGGGACUGGGCGUUGUUGGAUUUGCGAUUGCGUUUGCUUUGUGAGUUUGAGAGCGGGCAGUGAAACACAUGUACUUAAUGAUAUGUAUGGUUGGCAAAGAAGAAGAGGAGAGUAAUAUCUUAAUUGACACUUUGUUUCAUGCAUUGAAUAGUCUGUACAGAUGUGUUCCGUUCUAUUCACGUAGAGGUGUAUAGAGAGCUCUUGCCA